GCGGGCGCAUCCCGUGGAACCGAACGCGUUCCAAAAAUACCCGCCGACCGGGCCGCGACGCGAUGGCCUGACGAACCAAACAAAGAAUACCAAAAUACCAAAACUUACAUUUUGGUAGCUUUAGUGUUGUGAUAGUGUUAUGGUCUUAUGGUGCGAUGUCGCCGACUGCGAUUGGUGCGGACCUGCCCCAGUGGUGUGGCAAGACCGAGGGCUGCCCCCAAGCCCUCCUCGGCUGGCUCUACUUAACCCACGACCAGAAUGAUCAGUGGGUACCCGGUUCAGUAUGGGGACCUCUACCGACGGCUGCAUCAGGACCUGCAGCUCCACCGGCAGAUGACACCAGUUCUCUAGCAGAACAAUUGGCAGCCUUAUCAUUGAGGAGACCACCUCGACCACCGCCUGCUGCGUACAUGUGCCAUCUAUGUUUCAAGAAAGGGCACUAUAUUGGAGAUUGCCCUCAGGCUCGUCCUAAAGGUGAAGGUCUAACGCCGUACCAGGGCAAGAAGAGGUGCUUCGGUGAAUACAAGUGCCCGAAGUGUAAGCGCAAGUGGAUGAGUGGCAACUCCUGGGCCAACAACGGUCAGGAGUGCAUCAAGUGUCGCAUCAAUGUCUUCCCGCAUAAACAAAGGCCGCUGGAGAAACCAGAUGGACUGGAUGUGAGUGACCAGUCCAAGAUCCACCCACAACAUCUGUGCCAGAAAUGUCGCUCUCUUGGAUAUUAUUGCCGCAGGGAGUACUAAAUACUUACCGUAAUUCUUUAUCAAACAGUACAAGAAUAUAAAAAUAUGUAGAAGGAGGAGUUAUAAAUAUUCUAUGUUUGUUUUUCUUAGUUCCUCGCACGAUUUGUAGAUGGCGCUGUUUAUAAAUUUUUCAUUUUAAUUAUCGCUCUCAUAUUUUUAUUUAGUAUACCGGCAACGUAAAUGUUCGUUAUUUUCUAGUUUAUAUAUUUUUCAAAUUUAAGUAUAAUUUUAAAGUUUUAAGAUAAUGAAAUGUAUAUUUCGAAGGUUUUAUCCAAAAAGAUUUUUAUAUGAUGUUUUUUGAAAUAUAUUUUAAGUAUGAUCUGAGUGCACUAAGUUACUGUUAUAACGGUAUUAUCUUAAAUAUCCUUCAUGUAAUUUUAAAGAAAAUGCUUUUUUUUUUUAAAUUUAGUAUUUUUCAUCUAAUUCUGAAGCGAAUAAGGUCUUAAAUCCAACAUCACCCCCAGAAGGUCGGUAGCGCACUUGUACCUCCGUUGCAGCGGAUAUCUAUGGUCCGCACUGUUCAUCAAAGAGUAUAAUAAGUAAAGGGGAACUGUUCAUUUAUCAGGCAGGCAGGAGAUACGUUUACUCGUUAAACCCCUCUAUGAAAACUGGUCAAAAAUUAAAAAAAAAAGCAUUCUUAAUUUAAAUAACCGAAUAUUAUCUACGGAAUAGUUUAUUGUCUGUCGAUAUAUGAGAUACAAUAGAAUAUCACAUUGUGCCAUGCGCAGACCUACGGUCCGACACUUCACAGGUUAAUUGUCUCAAUUAGUGCACUCUAUUUUAAUGUGUAGCUUACUUUAGUUUAAGUAAUAUAACUCCAAAUGGCAUUACAGUUACUUACAGAUUUUAUAUGUAUAUUUAGACAGUAUAAGUGCCCUAUUAUAGAUAUAUUAUCUAUAAUAUGACAUUAUGAGAUUAUUUAUGCCAUGUUUUUUAUAAAAUGUUAUUUGUGUUUGUCGUGUUGAUUUUUUUUCAAUGUAUAUUAUGGUCUAAGGUGAUUUUAUUAACCCUAGAUGUUAUUCAGUAUAUAUUUUAGUAUAUCAUAUAAAUUCGUGGUUCGUAUACGUUACAAAUUCAAAUUCUACAUCAUUCUAAUUGUAUCCCAGUUGCUUCCUUUUGAUUGCCACACGGUACUAUUUAUGUUAUGAACAAAUUAAUUGUAUCACAUUGUUAUACACUAUUUAAAGUACAUUUUUUAAAAAAGCCUAUCAUAUUAAGGUUACCUUUUUACCCGCCAAUGUCAUGGCAAACUUGAUGCCAAAAUUAAUUAUUAUUUUUAGCCAUAUUAUAUUAAUUAAGUACCUACUUAUAAUGAUAUAUUACUAAAACGUGAUCCCAAAGAACAUGUGAAUUCUAAACGUGCCAAAAAUAUUAGUUUUUAAGUUGUUUACGCCUAUUGUAUCGUGUCAUUGUUGACAAAAUGUAUUAGAUCUAACAAGAGAGAUAUAAAAAAUAUAUUUGGACAUAUUAGCUGCGUUUCGUUGCUAUACUUAAAUAUUUAAAUAAAAUUAUGAAUACUUUAAUACUUAGCUAUUAUAUUUUGUACCAGCUAGUAGGCCUAAAAAUGUUUUUCUCUUCCUUUUAAAGCUUCCCUGGACUUACACAAACAUUUUAACACCUAAUUAGCUAAAUCGGUUCAGCCAUUCUCAAGUUUUAGCGAGACUUACGAACGGA